AUGUCUACAGUUAAGAGAACAACAAAAACCUCUGUUGGUGGUGAACAACAACCACAACAAGAGAAUAAUUCACAGAUGACUGCUGCUCAAUUGAAGGAAGUCGAAGAUCUCAAGAAGAUUCAACCCGCUAAUGAAUUCGGUGGAGCCAUUGGUACUGCAUUCCUUAUUUUCCUCUUGCCAGUAUUGGUCUACUGGUUAUGGGUAUCGAUGGAGUUUAACCAAGGUUACCUCUUGUUGCCACGCGAAUUGUCGUUGGCCGGCUUCCAAGAGGUCGGAGCCACCCUCUACGAGAAGGUUAUGACACACGCCAUACCAACUCAGAAAUCGUUCACAAUCUACGCGUGCUGGUUCCUCUUCCAGGUCGUCCUCCAAGCUUUGGUGCCAGGACGUAACGUGCUCGGUACACCACUUCCCGGUGGAAAGAGAUUGCCAUACGUUCUCAAUGGAUGGAGAUGCUUUUGGAUUACCAUGUUAGCUGCUUUCGCAUUAGUUUAUUCUGGAUUCAUCAAAGCAACCAUCCUCUACGACAACUUUGGUAGCAUUCUCAGCACCAUCAACCUCUUUGCCUACGUCUUUACCGUUUUCCUCAAGAUCCAAGCCAAGCUAAAGGACGAAGAAGAACGUAUGUCCGGUCACUUUUUCUAUGAUUUCUGGAUGGGAUUUGCUCGUAAUCCACGUAUUGGUUCAUUCGACUUGAAAUUAUUCUGUGAAAGUCGUCCAGGUCUUUCACUUUGGGUUUUGAAUAAUCUUUCGAUUGCCGUUAAGCAAUAUGAAACAUUUGGUUACAUUCCAUUGUCGACUGCUAUGGUUUGUGUGUUCCAUUUCUGGUAUGUUGCUGACUUCCACUUCCACGAGGAGGCAAUUCUCACCACAAUGGAUAUUGUCACUGAGAAAUUCGGAUUCAUGUUGGUCUAUGGUGAUCUUGCUUGGGUGCCAUUCACCUACUGUCUUCAAAGCUACUACAUCUUGAGACACGUAGAUGCCAACGGUUCGCCGCUGAACAUCUCUUUCCAGUAUGCGUUGUUGGUGCUCGCCGUCAAGGCAUUCGGAUUCUAUUUGUUCCGUUGGGUCAACUCACAGAAGCAUGCUUUCCGUCGUAAUCCGGAAGCUCCGAUCUGGGGUAAGCGUCCAGAGUACAUUCUCACCAAGCGUGGUACCAAGUUGUUGGUCUCUGGAUUCUGGGGAAUCGGUCGUCAUUUGAACUACACCGGUGACAUCAUCAUUGCAUUUGCCUGGUGUUUGCCAUGUCAAUUCGACAGUCCAGCUCCAUUCUUCUACUUUGCCUACUUUACCAUCUUGGAACUCCACAGAUGUCAUCGUGAUCACCACGCUUGCGCCGAGAAAUAUGGUGACGACUGGAAAGAAUAUUGUCGUCGUGUACCUUAUAUUUUCAUUCCAUACAUCUUCUAG